CCCCAAUCCCCCCAUCUCUUCUCCUCAUCAUCUCCUCAUUCAUUUGUGUGCGCACACACCCCACCCCCUCUCUCUCUCUCUCUCUCUCUCUCUCACACACACAUUUUUUGUCCCAAAUCAUGAUGAUACCCAAAAAGCGCUCCUCUCUCUCCCCAAAUCCCUUCUAGGAAGGUUUAAAAAAGUUGGGAUUUUUUAGCCUUUCGAUCGGGGUUUUCGGGGCGUUUUCGGGGUGAUUUGGCCGCGGAUUUGGGGUUUCUCCGAAGUGGAUCUGCGAAACCCUAGCUAGAUCUCGAUAGUUGCUGCGAAUUUUACUGUAUGCUGGAUUGAGGAUGGAGUGGAGCGCGAAGACCCCGUUGCUUUGGGAUUGGGAUAACCCAGUGGCGGCGGCGGCGGAGGAGGCGGCGGCGGCGGCGCAGCAGAGGAUCGACGAUGGGUCUAUCUACUCCUCCGGGGGAUCGUCGUCGUCGGUUGUGGAUCCGACGCUUAAGAAGGAGCCGGCGAUCUCGCCGACCGCGAAGAACACGGCGGCGGCGCCUGCGGCGGGGGCGGGGGCUGGGGUGGCGGCGAUUGGGUUGAGAUUGGGGAAAAGGACUUACUUUGAGGAUGCAUCACAGUCGUCGUCGUCGUCUUCGGCGGCGGCCGCAGCAGCCGCCGCCGCUUUAAAGAAGGCGAAGGUGUCGCAGGCGAGCGCUUUGAGUAGUUUCUGUCAGGUAGAGGGCUGUAAUAUCGAUCUCAGCUCGGCGAAGGAUUACCACCGGAAGCAUAGGGUUUGCGAGAGCCAUUCCAAAUGUCCUAAGGUUACUGUCAACGGCCUGGAGCGCCGGUUUUGUCAGCAAUGCAGCAGGUGUGGUUCUUUUCCGGAAGUGGUUUUAGGGAGUAAUUCGGCGUUGAUUGAGUUCCAUGCUUUGUCGGAGUUUGAUCAGAAGAAGAGGAGCUGUCGCAGACGUCUGUCUGAUCAUAAUGCACGUCGCCGUAAGCCACAGCCCGUGGCGUUCUCAUUUAGUUCUUCGAGGCUUUCUUCUUCAUUUUAUGAUGAGGGACGGCAGAUAAGUUUCGUGUGGAGUAAACCUCCGACAGAUCAGAUGAGACCCCUAACAAGCUCUGCAUGGGGAGGCUCAUCUGACAAGCUGUCGCAAAUGAAAGAAUCAUGGAUCAAAUCAACAAAAGCAGGAGGUGUUGAUGGACAACAACUGCAAAUGAGUAACUCGAAGCUAUCAAGCCCCUUCUCAACUCUUUGUCAUGACGUGGACAGGCUCAUGCCUCUCAAAGGUCCGGAAGCAUCUGUAACUGCUUCAAACUUAGGUGGAGCACCGGAUCUUCAGCGUGCUCUCUCUCUUCUGUCAUCUAGCUCGUGGGGCUCUCCAGACCCUGGAACGGCUUCUCUCAUCCAGUUUGUGGACACUAACCAAAUAAGCGCUUCUCAGCCCGCACCAUCUUACCUGGGAAACUCUACUUCAGCUUAUCACUGGCACGAUAAACCGCUUUUGGCUCAGCAGCAGCCAGAAAUUCCUUUCGCUGCCAAUAGCAAUGUUAGUCCUCUGCAGGAGUUUCAACUUCUCAAGUCUCCCUACGAGACCAGCUUCUUCGAUACUGGUCGGAUACAUUGAAGUCCGAAUUAGUUCGAGUGCUUUUGCAGAUUGAAAUAAGAUCUCAGGUAAACUUUCGAUCCUAUGACAUGUUUAUUUUGUUAGAAGAAUUUGUAAUGUACGACUUUUUUUAGUUUUUAUGAAUCUGCUGUUGUAACUGCUUUGUGUUGUGCUUUUGACAUUUGUCUUCGUACUCGAAAACCCUAGUACUCGAGCGAAUGAUCCUGUUUAAGUUAAAUUGCUCGACAUUUGGAAUUCGCAGCUGUGUAUGUUCUAUUUAAGUUUAUUUUCUUUCUUGA